AUGUCAUCUCCUAGCGCCGAGGUUCGAAAUGUAGCCGCAGCAAUCACAGUCGACCCUAAACCUUCACCGAGGAAUCAGCGGCGACACAGCAAUCCUCUGUCCCCCAGAGGAAAGAACUUGGUGUCACCAUUGAAAUCCCCUGGGGCAGCUUUUCGUAACUCACGCAAGUCCCUUGGCGCUUCGCCAAAUGCAGGAGAUAAUACGAAAACGCAUAUGCCUAUUCCAAGUCCUCCAAUCAGUGGUGGUUCUUUCCGUCCCAUGUCCCCUCGGCCAUUCCUGGAAACCCAUAAAGUUGCGGAACAAACGGCGCAACAGGAACGACAACGAAUGAAGGAUAUGGAAAAGGAGGAAUUGAAAAUGACGGCAGAUGAACUGCGAUUCAUUCUCAAGCAAGAGCGUCGUCGCAUGUUGGAUUUUGCCGUGGACUUGGCCAAACUUAGAUCGACUGCGGCACAGGUUCAGGCGGAAUCCGAAAUGCACGAAGAACGAGCUGUCAACGGAUUGAUGCGGAAAUUGGAUACCUUAAAAGGAGAAAAGAGUCGCCUAAUGGUGGAACUCGACCGUGAAGAAGAGUUGGUGGGCAACACCUUGCAAAAGAAACUGGACAAGGUUCGAAAAGAAAAGGCAAAUCUACAAAAGACAAUUGACAGUGAGAAAGCUGAACAGGAUCAGUUGGAAAAGAAGGCAGCAGAAAUCAACAAAGGAGUGGAGGAAGCUCCAAAAUCCGAAACAACGACCAGUGCCAACCUUAAUAAUGCUCACCUUGUUUCUUUGACCGAAGAUCAAGAGAAAGAAGGCGAAGACGAUCCGAAUUGGUAUAUUGAAAAUCUUCCCAAUCCAGUGCUUGAUACUGGCUGCGACACAUAG